AUGGUUGACAACCUGUCACACUCACACCAUCACAAUGACUCCUCCAUCCUCCACGCCAUCUCGGCAGUUGCCGCCGUCCUGGCCACCCUCCCUCCGCAAGCCCCUGCGGUCUUUGAACAUCGCCGUCUCCGUCCGGCUCCAUCGGCGUCCUCUGCGACCGCUGGCAUCUCGCUGGAAAAUGCCGCCAAUAAAAGAAAAAUAGAGCGGCAAAAAUGUGGCAAGGGUGCGAAAUCCCACACAGGGGCAUGCUGGUUCCGGGCCCCAAUGUGGCCGCCGGCCGCGUCCACCAAGUUCCCUGCUCGCAACGUCUACCAGUACGACACUCCCUCGACCAUGUUCUGCAUGACCAUCCUCGCGGCAAAUUCCUCGCUAUUCUCGCUCCUUCUUCGAUCCCAACAGGGAAAAUUAAGAUCUCAGAAACGAUCUUCCUUGGCAGAUCUUUGGAUUGACAUCAACAAGACCUCGAACCGUCGAACGAGACUCCUGCUGCCGCCGCUGACCCGCCUGCCACCAAGGGUGGUGAAUAAUUACACCUUUAACGGUGAUGGCCAUGCAGGCGACAUCCCCCUGCCUGGCAAGAAACAAAGAAGAAGAACGCGGCCCGACAAGGCCAAAAAGAAGGAGGAAGAGAGGAAGGGCACUGAGACAAGCUCCAACUGA